UAAGAAAGGCUAAGAAUGGCUCCUAAAAGAGAAGCCUCCAUUAAGAAGUCACCUUCACCAGUGGCACAGCCCAGACUGGGACCCCCUUUCCCCUGCCUCCCUGCCACUCCUCAAAGUCCAAAACCAGCUCCUGAGCUGAAGCCGAGGAUGCUACGUCCUUCAGAUUCACCAUUUGAUCCCAGUACUCUGGAGGCCCGCCCUCUGUUGUACGUGGUGCGUGCUGUGCGUCAUCACGCACGGCCGUCAGAGUUUUCCUUUUCUCCCCCUGCUGUACUCAGAAGCCCGUCACAUUCUUUGCUUGGCCGACGCCUCGGACACACCUCAGCUCAAACAGCCAUGUGUGACUUCUCGGAAGAUCAAAUCCUUGAGUUUAAGGAGGCCUUCCUGCUGUUUGACAAGACAGGAGAGGGUAAGAUCAGCUACAGCCAGGCUGGGGAUGUCAUGCGGGCCCUGGGACAGAACCCUGUCAACGCUGAGGUGCUUAAAGUCCUGGGCAAUCCCAAGGCUGAGGACAUGAACUCCAAAAUGCUGGACUUUGAGCAGUUUCUGCCCAUGUUCCAGGCUAUUGCUAAGAAUAAAGAUCAGGGCUCCAUGGAGGAUUUUGUGGAGGGACUGCGUGUCUUUGACAAGGAGGGCAAUGGCACAGUAAUGGGAGCAGAGCUACGUCACGUCCUCACCACGUUAGGUGAGAAAAUGACAGAGGAAGAAGUGGAAACGCUCUUGGCAGGACAUGAAGAUGCAAAUGGUUCCAUCAAUUAUGAAGCAUUUGUCCGCCACAUCAUGUCUGGCUGAAGGCCGGUACGGGUAUACUAUGAGAUGAACUGGUCAGGAUGGUCAUGAAUGGUUGAAGAUGACGAGCAUCUGACUUUUUUUACCCUGUCACAUGUACCUUUUUUGCCGUUUGCUUGUACAGUCCCUCCAGACAUUUCCACAGAUUCAUUUUAAACAUUUAAUUUAAGAAGUGCCUUUACAUUCCCUGAAAACAUCAUAAAUUGGCCUGACAAAACAUGUGCAUGCAGCUUUGUGCUUGCAUUGUUUGCAAUAACAUUCCAAGAUGCAGCACUUGAGACCACUUAAAUUUGGAUAAUGAUGAUGAUAUACUGUAACUAUUGAUACCUGCUGUGUCAACACGGGAAGGGACAUUAAUAUAUUGUAGUAACUUUCAACAACCUACUGUAUUAUUGGCUAAGACUGGCUCUGAAAACUGAUAUUGCUGUAAUACAAUAUAUUUAAAGCCAUAGUAUUGAGGUAAAAGGAUACAUUUCUAAUGGAUUCACUCAUUUUUAGUCACUCUCAUUAUUUGCUGCAUUUAAAUAAAUGUUUUUUUCCUGAAAACCCA